AUGCCGCCGCAAGGAUAUGACAGUGAUCCCAAACUUCAUGGCACUGCUGAUCAGGUUUGCGAGGGUCCUGAGAACAUGGAGGAUUCAGAUGACAGUCUAAAUGAUCCUACUUAUUCGCCAAAUGUAGUGGGAGAAGCAGGUGAGGAUGACUCUGGCUCUGGCUCUGACUCUGACCUUGAGGAAGAUCAAGAAGAGGACGAAGAGGACGAAGAGGAAGAAGGCGAUGAAUACAAUAUUGACGGCUACUCCGCAUUUAAGCGUGAUGAGGAACGCAAAACGCGAGAGGCAGAAGAAGCCUUGCAGCGCGCAAAAGAGAAGGAAUUAGCACUUACCAAGAUUGAGGAAGAAAUCAGGAAUGCUGCGUCAAACACAAAGCAUCUGAACGAAGCCGAGUUUCUCUCCUUGUACGGAGAUUCUCUAGACUACAUCAUGCCGGAGUCUGCGAACAAGAGGAAUGUGUUGCACAUGCUUGCUAACAACAAGUUUGAGGAUCCAAGUCAAUUCCCGGAUUGGAUCAUCCAUUACAUCUACCGUAACCAUACGAACAUCCCUGGAAACAAUAUGCGGAACAGUUUAUCAAGUCUACUCACCGACAAGUCUCAGGGAAGGCCCAGUCUUGCUCUAGCAAGGGCAAUUCGCUGGAGAAACGAGCCAUUCAUUAGCACCAUUCUGUCUCUCGAACUACAAGCCAAUGACCAGAGCCUCAAAGACAGCCUCAAAGAUAGUCUCGGCGAGAGGUUUGACACCGAUACUACGUCGGGUAAUAGCAUACACUGGUCAAUCGAUCAACUUAAACCGGACCUGACAGUGCAAUUGAUCGAAAAGGCUGCCGGCGAUGAGUGUCUGCUAGCAAUGGACAAGAAAGGAUACACGCCUCUCCAUCUUGCUGUUCAGUAUCCUAAUUGCCUGAAACGAGUCGACGUCAUCAAAGCCCUGCUCAAGUACGGAGACAAGGCGCUAGACCUGCGUUGCGGCGAGGGAUUGUCUGUAUACAAGUACUAUCAAAAAACAAAGGCAGCGUUCCAAGCUCAGAAACAGCAGGCUGCUCUAUCGCUCAAAAGCAAGAAGUCUCUUGGGGGAAGCCGUGAUAACUCAAAGAAGCCUCUACAAAAGCCGGCACCUCUGAAAAUAGAACGAGAAGAUCAGAGGGAGAAAAGCAGUUCAUCACGAUUGGAGGAUGGUAAGGGGGGUGAUGGAGAUAACAGACAAGACGCAAAACCCGAGGAGGUAGCAUUACGACAUCGAGGCGAAGGUGGAGAGCCAGUACAGCCACUUCAGCGGAAAGGAUCUGCGCUGAAAGAGGCAUCGAAAGAAUCGAAGACACAGCAGGCUUCAAAAGUACCUACAAAACCGAAAAAGGGGGGAACAAAAAGAAAUGCCAAUGGCAAGAAAGUGGCCACUCUAACUAAAAGUUCUAAAGAGGAAAAGAAAGCGAAAGAGAUGGAGGACGACAUAGAAGAUGAGAUAAAGCUUCAAUAUUUGCGCUCAACCUUCAAACAACCCAAAUCAGACGUCAAGUCUAUAAAUGGUUUUCUUUACGCCGAAGGAAACGAGAGACCGUUUUCCUUGACGAUGCUCCAAGGACCUCCAUUAGUAGAUGAGUACGUCUUUACAACAGUCUACAAUAAAGAGAAGUUCGACCAGACACUGCACCACGUAGCAGUCCGCCGUAUCAUUUUCAAGCAGAUGAAGAAUCAAGAGGUGGCAGGGCGGACUGACAUGGAAAUACUCUUUAAGUUGUUAAGAGAUAAGGGUGUUCGUCACAUUGUCAAGGUAAUUAUAUUCGACCUGGAAGCCCCGCCUCACAGCGACGAGUCAAUCGAAAGAUGUCUCUCCGGGUUUAAAUCUAUUGAGAUUCUUGACUGGCGUAAGGUUGACCUGUGUCCGGAGACGAUAUUUGAAGCCUGCAAGAACGUGGUGGAGCUACACCUUUGGUGGAGUGGUAACAAUGGUAUCCUAAUGGCAUGGAGUGCUCCGGGUGGCCUGGCUAAGUUUCCCCGAUUGAAGGAAAUAUAUAUCCACCAGACUCAGUAUAUCGAAUCGGUCGAACGGGAUAAAAAGAAUCUACAACGUUUUAAAGAAAGACUCGGAAAAGAACGCACGGCGUCACGACCACAAGAAUACAGACCGGAAGAGCGGCUAAAGCUAGCAAAGUCGGGUCAGACGUUGCCAGUGACUGUCCUUGAAAUGUGGCCCGACAUUAGCAUCAAUGAUUCGGACACCAGCUAUGCCGCUCACCCAAGCCGUUCUCUGGCUACUUACAGGCCGCAACUGAAUCAGACAGCUUCGCGGUACCGGAGACAUCAAUGGCUAGAAAUCAUGGAUAAGUUUGCGGCUAGCAUCGACCUUAUCGACUUAGCACCUGUCAACCCACCCGAUAUCUUCUCUCCUGGAGAUGUGAGAAUUGCAUUAAUAGAUGACGGUGUUGAGAUAACCAACAGAAACCUCACUAAUCGAAUCUACAAUGGUUGGACAUGCGAUACCGGGUAUGAGGGUGAUGGGUUGGAAGGCAUUCCGAGGCCUUACACAAGCUCCGAAACGCAACACGGCACUUUCAUGGCCUCUACAAUAUGUCGCAUCUGCCCGAAGGCAAAGAUCUUUGUGUUUCGCCUUGACGUGGUAUCUACGCCUGGGAAAAGGGCACAUUUCACUGCUAAGAGUGCAGCAGAUGCGCUUGAAUUAGCUAUCGAUCCCAAACGAAAAUUUGACAUCAUUUCAAUGUCGUGGACUAUUGCAAAAAAUGACCAAAAUAGCGUUGACCUCGAUAGACUUCAGGUGGCUCUGAAGAAGGCAUGCGAUACAAAUCAUGUGCUACUCUUCUGCGCGUCUCCGGAUGGUGGAGAAAUGGCAAAGGCACAAGCAGAAAACUUUUAUCCAUAUGGUUGUAAUGAUGCUGGCCUCUUUAAAAUAGCAGCCGCCACUGUAGAUGGCAUCCGUAUCCCCAUGGCAGGGUCUCACCAUGAUUAUUCUCUCCCAGGUCACGAAGUUGAGGAUACAAACCAAUCAGCUGCCAAUGGUGUCUCUGAUGGUCAACAAAUAGCCGAUCAUGAGAAUAGUGGCCUUAAAACGGGAUCGUCCAUCGCAACGGCCCUCGGAGCUGGCCUUGCCGCGUUGAUUAUCCACUGCGUCAGACUUGGUGCUGCUUAUAUGCACUCAGAGAGCCAUUCGUCCGCUGCCGUCACGAGUAAUGAAGGCAGCAAGGGGACUGAAGCGACCUAUAGCCGCCUAUUAGGGCUCGAAGCGCUGGAUCAAAUCAAGCGGCCGGCGCAUAUGCGGCGUGUCUUCAACCGCAUGAUCAGUGACAACAGCUCUACUGACCGCUUUAUCGAGGUAUGGGAGUUCUUCGCGGGAUGCGGAGACGAGCUUAAGAAGCAAGGCAGGCAGAUUAAGACGCUCAAGCUCAAUAUUGAAGAUGCAAGGGAGAUGGAAGCCCCGGAUGUGGAUGAGAUGGUAAAGGAGCUGCAGAAAAAGAAUGAUGAGAGGAUGAUGGAGAUUGUCAAGCUAGCAUUCAGGUUUAUUAGCAUUUGA